UUGUUUCGUUUCUAAGGUUUAAGUUUUGCUUCGCGGAGAGUUCUACAGAUGGCGACCAUCAUAUCGAGCAAGUCCAAUCAAUUUCGCUAUGUUGGUCGCAUUUUCUACUCACAGAUUCUUCGCCCGAGCAGAUCCACUACGCUUUCACCACCAUCUCCAUCUCCCAAUCACCUUCACCGUUCAAAUCUCCCAUUCCAUCAGCUGGUCGGACCUCAAGGCUACGGUGAUGGAUCUUUGCUGUUAUGUCAGAGAUUUCUCUCCAAUGCUGCAGCUGGUAGUGUCAAUCAAGAAAAGCCAGCAUCCGAUGGCUCGGCGAAAGAUAAUUCUGACCAAGGAAAAGAAUCUGGGGAAUCGAAUCAGAAGGCUGAUGCUGGAAAGCCCGUACGUGGAGGACCUGUGUCGUGGUUGAGCUUUCUUUUACUGGUUGCCACUGGAGCUGGGCUGAUCUACUACUAUGAUGGGGAAAAGAAACGUCAUAUUGAAGAAAUAAACAGUGCUUCAAAAGCAGUUAAGGAAGGACCUUCUGCUGGGCAAGCUGCCAUUGGGGGUCCUUUCAAUCUGAUCAACCAUGAUGGGAGGCGUGUGACUGAAAAGAACUUCUUGGGAAAUUGGACGCUGAUAUAUUUUGGCUUUACUCACUGCCCAGAUAUCUGCCCAGAUGAACUAAUAAAACUAGCAGCUGCAGUUGAUAAAAUAAAGGAGAAAUCUGGACUUGAAAUUGUCCCAAUUUUUAUUUCAGUUGACCCUGAGAGGGAUACUGUUGAGCAAGUACGCGAAUAUGUCAAAGAAUUUCAUCCGAGGUUGAUUGGAUUAACUGGGAGCUCAGAGGAAAUACGAAAUGUUGCACGUGCUUAUCGUGUUUAUUACAUGAAGACAGCAGAGGAAGACUCAGAUUAUCUCGUUGAUCACUCCAUAGUUAUGUACUUGAUGGGGCCUGACAUGCAGUUUGUAAAAUUCUUUGGGAAGAACAAUGAUGUUGAUUCUCUUACUGAUGGUAUCAUUAAAGAGGUAAAGAAGUACACCAAAAAAUAAACUCCAAAUCUGGCUUCUUUUCCCUUUGAGGUGCUUCUGGAGAACUAAGCUUCAAAUAAGCUACUUACUUGAUGAAAAUGUUUUUAGAGGUGGUUGUUAUAAUUCAAAAUUUUGGUAUACAUUUAAGUUGGUUUGACAAAAGAUUUAAGUUAAUAAGGAAAUUUUUUUUUUGGCCAGUAAGUUAAUAAGGAUUAAAUGUAAAGAUCUUGUUACUUUUGUGGAUCUGAAGAUCCAAUGGUAUCGGAGUCGUCUUAUUCACCAUCUCA